UGUUUAUCUGAUUAUUCGCGUUUGUUGAAUGCAGACGUUUUCUAACCAUUUUAUUUUUUAAUCAGUUGCAGAUGAGAAGAAAGAUAAACACGGGGAACUGCAGCCAGUUGUAAGGACUCUGUCGACAACGGAGAAAAAUUCCCGAGAAUCUGAACCAGAUUACGAGGACGAGGAUGAAGAAGAAGAAGACGGAGAACCGGAAGGAAGAGAGCACGUGGACGAGUACGAGGAAGAAUUACGAAGCAUGGCCGAGUCCCACGAAGCCAUGUCCAGGGACGAGAGACGCAAUUCCUCGGACAGUAUUGUCAACCCUCCCGAGACGGGUUUUAGUCCCGGGAUGGUCUCGUCCAGGAACUUCGACUCCCAGGAAAAGAACCUGGAGGAGAGCUCCGACGAGAGCAUGACCUCCAACGAGGCAAUCAGCGGCGAGGUUACCGGCCCCGCGCAGGAGCUUUUGAAGUUCAAGCGGCAGGCGAGCGGAAAAAUUAAACGCGUACCUACUGUGAAAAAGGAACUCAGUUCGCAGAUACGCUUCCAGGGGAACGACACUAAUGAGGACGCGGUCAAAGGCGAACUUUUAGGGAAAAAAGUUCCCGCGACCAGACAAAUUAUUGACAACCAUUUGCUGGAUGACGAUGGGAUUAAUCCCGUGCCCGGAGAGUCCUACCUCGAGAGGAGAUCUUUGGAUGUCGAAAAGGAAAGGGCGCCCGAAGACUCCGAGGAAUAUAUGGAUUUGGAUGCGCCGACGGAAAUCCUCGGAAAACUCGACAAGAGACAGCAAUCCGAUCUCAAGGGUCUCGAGACUUAUCUCGAACCGGCUACGCACACCUACGAGCUCGAGAAGCUCGCUAAACUUGAGGAACUUCGAGCAGAGGAGUACAUACUGGCUGAAAACUUAAUGGAGUUAUUGGUGAAGCUCGCCGAGAAUCCUAAGCGAUGGGAACGGACUCACAAAUUGCUGAGGGACAUGGAGAACGACCUGGAUCUAUGGAGAGCCUCCGACUCUAAUAAGCGCGGGUACGACUUUCGAGCUUUGAGCCAGCCGGACUUCCCUAUUCCUAUAACAGAGAAAUUGAAACCCCCUACGGAGAAGCCCAAAAAGAAGAAGAAAAAAAAGAAGAAGCCCCGGUCCCAAUUUUCUACUUCAACGCAACAACCUCCAUCAACCACCUCUUCACCAAUCACUCCUUCUACAACUCCCGCCCCAACAGAGGCAACCCACUGGCGAAUCUUCCCAGAGCUGUUCGGGUCUCCAGUGCGGAAUUCCCUCCACAAAGAGCCCUCUAAUUUAGCAAAGAUCCAUUACGCGGUAGGAAAAUACCAGAAACCAUCAGUAGGGUCUAGUAAUCGCAAUAGCGAUACUGAAGACACUUCAACGGGCUACCUGAAUGACCAAGUCCCGGGAAUAUUGGAUCCUCUGUCAAGGAAAUUCCACUUCGGGAAGAUAAACACUCACGAGAAGGACUCGCCAAACUUGAAUCAACACGAACAGCCCUCAAUUUACGACCCGGAGAGGGACAGAGCGAUGGUUGAUUACCCUCUGGCUGGACGAGGGUAUCAAGAACCACCUCGAACUCGUGUGGGCGACAGGUUCGAUCGAUACCGGCCUUCGUACGUCGGCGAACGUGUCAGGAAUCAGAUUUUCAAGGAUUACCAGGAACCCGCGAGCUAUCCUGGGGAGUUUCCACGCCAGGCUCCCUAUGCCAAGGCCUGGAAGUACUCAAAGUACGAUUUGAGCCCGCCUGUCGAUCCCUACUACGAGGACGAACGCAGCAACUGGGCCACCAGGUACCGUGCCUGGCAAACUUUCUGGAGACCCAUUUUCGAGAUUGAAGACGCGGACGAGGCUAAAAGGAGGAUGCUCUUUGGAAAGUUUUCUCCUUCUUCUUCUUCUUUACAAGGGUCUCUUUCUGGUGGGAAGAGUGAUAAGGCUAUGCAAAUUCCUUGGCGGUCGAUAGACGACUCGAGAUCCAAGUCCUACAGCAGGGAACAACUACCAGUUGCAGAUAAAACCAGAAAUCACUCGGAGUUUAAUGAAGCGCUAAGCGUAAAGUCUUCUAAGCAAAUCAAGGAUGAGAACGUCGCCCUUCCUAAGAUAACCAUGAAAACUUGGAAUAGUUUGACGUCCGAUCCGGCGACGUGGCCGUUUAAGCUCUCUGAUGCGAAACCCUGGCCCAAAGAUAAGAACGGAAAGUCUUACAACCCCAAUGCGGAUCUUGUAAGGAAGCUCGGGCUUGACAAGCAGGAGCGACUUUUGGAGAAAGAGGAUAAGAAGUUGAAUAAAGGAGUUAAGGACGAUGAUUUGAAUUUGAAUUUGAAUGGGAAUGGGAAGGUAAAGAAUCCCUGGACUAGCGACACCAGAAAGAUGUGGCCGAUUAAAAUGUCACCCAAGAUUCAGUCAGUUGGAGCCUGGGUUAUGCCCGCGGAUGAUAAUGGCUGGAGUUCUUUCAAUCAGCAACACUUUGAGGACUCGGAAUGGCACAAGGGAAAACCUAGUGGAAUGACCAAGUGGAAUGUUGAAUUUGCGAAGCCAGUUCAGGAUAUUCAGCCUAAGUGGAAGCAGUUUUCGUAUCAUAAGAUUAACACCCAGCCUGGUAAAUCGGGAACUGCUGAAGAGUCGAGGAGGAACGCGUUCAUUGCUGUCUCGGCGGUAUCGCCUUCUAAGUAUCUGGGUAAUGAGUGGAGGAAAAAUGAUGUCGAGGAGAACUUCGGAGAUAAUCCGAUAAGGACUAAUGGGGAUAUUGAUCGCGAUGACCCCAGUACACAGUUGCUACACAAUCGCUGGCAGACUCAGGUGGCCAGACCUACUGAUAGGAGGAAUCUCACCGACCCGCUGGAGUAUCAGUUAGAGGAACUCAGGCUUAAUAAUAUUGAGAAACGCAGCGCUCCUACUCAAGCCACCUACAUGUCAAACACUCUUAACUCGACGGCGACGGCUACGGCUUCAACUACUAGAGCCGACCUGGAAAAGUCAACAAAAGUCGCCCCGAAGAUCGAAAAGUUUCCGUCGAAGCCCAUCAAGGAGUAG